AUGCCAGCCACUCCCUUGUCUUGGGCUCCCCCGGAGUAUGCGCCAACUACGGUAGAUAAUGAUGGUACUUCAGCCAACAGAUACGAUGCCCGGAAAACUUUGGCAUAUGUGACAAGCGACACCAACAACGUGAAUAAUGUCUUCAUGCUCUACUGGAUCACCACCAAAAAUGGCCGCAAAUACCACUUGACGAGUAAUGCUGGUCUACGUGGAGCCAACCUUCUUGGAACGUUCGUCUCCCUCAACGAUCUCCAGGAUCUCACCUCGCGAGGUGCUUCAAUCCUUGAGCCUGGGUCAGGAAAUCCCGGUCGCCUAGAGCUGAAGAGCGCCUCGCAGACCAUUACCAGCCCAGACGCCGGCGAUCGAUGGGCUGGCACACAUCUCGAGCUUGACUUGGCUGGUGUUAAACUAGAUGUUACUUUGCAACCUACCGGCGGUAAUUUCUACUACGGAGGCAGCGGCGGCAUCCAGCUUACCAACCGUGGACCAGACCCUGAUGGCUCUGCUGCACUGCCUGGAUGGUCGUGGUACUGGGCGAACCCUACAACCCGACUAGCAGGCAAGCUUUCCAUUGAUGGAUGGGAGCACGAAAUUGACCCCGAGCAGUCCUACGCCUUGUUUGAAAGGCAGUGGGGCAACUUUCAUAUUGGAAAAGGCUAUUACGCACUUUGGUUUUAUUUCGAGUCGGGGGAUGUCCUCAUCUCGUGGUCAAUGGAACCAAAUACCGAUGGCGUAUCAGAAAUCGCCUUCGCUUCUGUCUGGCACCCAAACGGCUGGCAUGAGAUGUUGCCAGUCGGCCCUAAGAGUCGGGCUUCUGAUAUCGACAUCAGCCCCCGUACUGGCAUCAAGUACUUUAACAAAUUCUUUUUGGAUCUUCCGGCUCGAGAUGCCCACUUCACAUUUGAUAAGUGGGUUCGCGAUGGCGAGUUAAUUCCGGAAUUGCCAGAACAGCGUGAUAAGUACAUCACAAUAUCUGAGUCGUACGGCGAAGGGAUCGGCUUCUGGGAUAACAAGGAGGUUCGAAUCCAGGGCCAUGUGGAGCAAUUGUCUACGUUGAAAUAA